AUGACCACUGUAAGCUGGGCUCCAUGGGAGCAUCUUGUCAGCACCUACAUCCUGGUUGAGUGGGAGGAACCAGUUAACGUGUUGAGGAUAGACCUAGACUAUACGAGUGAGAUGAGAUUCUGGGUAAAUGUCUGGAAUGAUACAUUUUUAGAAGACCGUGACAUCAUCAGAGUGCGCCCCAUUUCUUUGUUGAUGACACGUACGGGGGGCGCGAACACGUUCCAUCCAGCCGACACCUGUGUCCACGGACAGGAAAAUGCUCCGCUGCUCGGACGCAGCAGCUUUUCCUGGUCCUCACCCCCCGAAGAAACUCAGAUAUGCCUAAAAAAUACAAGGACAGUCGACAGAAGAGAAAUCAAAGUGCGGAAAGGCGUCAUACACCGCGAGAAUGAAAUCCACCACACGGUGGUGAUCGCAAGAACUUCACAUGGAACGCAGAGACAGGAAGGUGAAGAUCUAAAUGAUAUAAAAGUUGAGGUAAAAAAGGAAGAAGAAGAGGAGCCGUAUGUGACGAGUGGUCAGCAGUGUACGGAGGAGUUGGACGUGGUUUUGGAUACAAUCAAAGAGGAGGAACCUUCUCCAGAUAUCAGCUCAGGGAUAAUGUUACUGAAGAAGAGUUUAAGAAGAGUGUGGUGUGAUGGAGGACAUAAGGAUCUCCACAAGGACAGUAUAAUGAAGCCAUCUAGUGAUAGAAACCUAGGUGAAGAGCUGAUUGAUAUCAAAGUUGAGGUAAAGAAGGAAGAAGAAGAGAAGCCGUAUGUGAUGGGCGGUCAGCAGUCUACGGAGGAGGACGUGGUUAUGGAGACCAUUAAAGAGGAGGAACCUUCUCCAGAUAUCAACUCAGAUGUACAGAAGUGGAAUAUAAAGACAUCGGAGGGACGUCUUAUUAUAUCUCCAGACGGAGAAGCAGAAGACGGCGACAUUGCGCAACAUUCUCCCAAAGUCAAUUCUUCCCGUUCAGAGAGAUCGAUGGAUCAGUCCAAUCCUGAGGAACCUUCUGAUCAGUCGCGUCACAUGACCUCAGAUGUCCAUCAAGGUCCUCACAGUGCUGAAAGAUCAACAGAUCCGCCUAAUCCCGAGAAAUCGCCUUUAAUCUAUGUUCACAUGGGAGAGGGUUCUUUGUCAUGUUCUGUGUGCGGGAAAGGCUUUACUGAAAGCAAAAGCCUUCUUGCGCACCAGAGAAGCCACACUGCUAAGCGUCCCUAUUCGUGUUCGGAUUGCGGGAAAUGUUUUUCUGGGAAGGGACACCUUUUUAUACACCAGAGAAGUCACACCGGCGAGCGUCCCUUUUCGUGUUCAGAGUGUGGGAAAAGUUUUUCUGUAAAGGGAAACCUUCUCAUACACCAGAGAAGACACACAGGUGAGCGCCCCUAUUCCUGUUCAGUGUGUGGGAAAUGUUUUCCAGAAAUAGGAAACCUUCUUACACACGAGAGAGUUCACACCGGUGAGCGCCCCUAUUCAUGUUCGGAGUGUGGGAGAAGUUUCACUCGGAAAAGAGCACUUAUGGAACACCAGAGAAUUCACACAGGUGAACGCCCUUUCCCUUGUUUAGAGUGCGGCAAAUGCUUUACUCAUAAAGGAUCACUUAUUCAACACCAGAGAAUUCACACAGGUGAACGUCCUUUCCCUUGUUCUGAGUGCGGCAAAUGUUUCACUCAUAAAGGAUCACUUACUAAACACCAGAGAACUCACACAGGUGAGCAUCCUUUUUCCUGUUCAGAGUGCGGAAAAUGUUUUGUACAAAAAACCUCCCUUCUCAUUCACCAGAGGAGUCACACGGGCGAGUGUCCUUAUUCAUGUUCAGAGUGCGGAAAAUGUUUCAAUCGCAAAGGAAAACUUCUUUUACACCAGAGACGUCACACGGGUGAGCGCCCCUAUUCGUGUUCAGAGUGCGGAAAAUGUUUUGUCGAGAAAGCAAAGCUUGUUAUUCACCGGAGGAUUCACACCGGUGAGCGUCCUUAUUGCUGUUCAGAGUGCGGGAAUCGUUUCACUCAGAAAAGAACACUUCUGAAACACCAGAGAAUUCACAGUGGUGAGCGUCUUUAGUCAUGCUCAGAGUGUGGGAAAUGUUUAAUUGA